AUGCCCGACUCACCCCCACCCGAGGAGCGCAAGAAGCUCGACGCUGAGGCCAAGGCCAAGGAGGAUGCCGAACAGGCUGCGCUGCCCUACAAAUGGGAGCAGACCAUUAAAGAUGUCGACAUUACCAUCAUCAUUGAUGCGAAGUACAAAGGAAAGGACUUGGACGUCAAGAUCGGCAGGAACGCGCUCAAGGUGGCCAUCAAGGGCCAGGAGCCUUUCAUAGAUGGCGAGCUGCCCCAUGCCAUCCGCGUCGACGACUCUACCUGGACCCUCACAUCCACAUCCGCCGGCAAAGAGAUCGCAGUCCACCUCGACAAAGUAAACCAGAUGGAGUGGUGGCCCCAUGUCAUCACCUCCGCCCCCAAAGUCGACACCAGCAAGAUCCAGCCUGAAAACAGCAAAUUGGGUGACCUAGACGGCGAGACGCGUGGCAUGGUCGAGAAAAUGAUGUUCGAUCAACGCCAGAAGGAGCAGGGCAAGCCCACGAGCGACGAGCAGAAGAAACUGGACAUUCUUGAGCAGUUCAAGCAGCAACAUCCAGAGAUGGACUUUUCAAAAGCCCAGAUGGGUUGA